UGUGUGUAUAUAUAUAUGAGUUAUAUAACUUCAUAAUAGAUACAAAAAUAAAAGAUCUUUUCUCUUCUUCAUUCAUUCCAUACCUUAUCAACAAACAUUCUGCAUAGUAACCAGAAAAAGAAUGGAAAAAAUGACAUUGAAAAUUGCCUUUAGUUCUAUACAAUUAAAUGAAUUUAAUUCAUAUCGUUAUGGUAUUAUUCUACCAUUCAAUAAACAAAUUAUAUGUAAACAAUUUAAUUUAAAUCAAUGGCCAAUAACAAAAUUAUGGAGAAACAUUUUUCGAAAUAUAUUUCAUUGCAAAUUAUUACAACGUUUUCAUGAAUCUAAAUUAUUAUUAUUAAAUAAUAAUAAUCAUCUUAUUAUACCAUAUGAAAUUGACAUAGAUUAUAAUCAUUUCACUAUAUUAACAAAUUAUUAUCCAUUCGGUAAUUUAUUUGAAUGGUUUCAACAAAGAUUCACAUUCACUAUUGAAGAUCUAUAUUAUAUUAUAAAAUAUUUAUGUAAAGCUGUUAAUUAUUUACAUAGUAACCAUAUUUACCAUGGUAACAUUAAACCAUAUAAUAUAUUCUUUAAAACAUUUCAUCCUAAAUCAUUAUCCUUAGUAUUAGAUUUUAGUGUAUUAACAGAAAUCAAUAUAUUGUGUAAUCAUAAUGAUACAAAAUUAUUUAUAUAUUGGUCACCAGAAUAUAUGAUACAUGUUAAAGUAACCAUGGAUGAUAUAAAUAUAAUUCAAAAAGACAAUAUAUGUUAUAUGAUGAAAGAAUUAUGGAAGAAAAAAUCAAUGGAAUUAGAUACAUGGUCUAUUGGUGUUAUUAUGUAUUUAUUAUUGACUGGGAAAUUACCAUUUAUUGAUCAAUAUAAAGAAUUGAAUACAUUUAUGAAUGAUAUCAAAACCAAUUCUAUACAAUUAAAUCAUUCAUUAUUAUUAUAUAAUAUUGAUAAAUCAAUAUAUCAAAUCAUUAAUAUGUUAUUACAAAUCGAUAUACAUCAACGUAUUGAUCUUAAUCAAUUUAUGAUAAUCAAUUGGUUGCAUAAUAUUCAUCAUGAUAAUAAACAAAGAGAUAUAAAAUCAAUUAUAGAAUAUAAUUUUUUAACUACAUUUAUACAACAUCAAAUGGAAUCAGAGAAUACAUUGAAACAAUUAAAACAUUUUAUGAAAAUUACAAAUUCAAAUGAACAGUGA